AGUUCACACUUAACUUUCAUUUAUUCACCACCAUCGACAGCUCAUAGGUUAUUCUCAGUACAUAUCUUGACCUCUUCCCAAGGUCUUUUCUUUAACUUGAAUGGCUCCAUUUAAUACCCCCAUAUAGCUAUUCUAUAUUUUUAUAAUGAAAAACAUCGCCUGAAUCAGAUCAGAGGUCAUUGUGAUUUCGCUUCUAAACUCCCAUUCUGAUAUUUUGCUUCAGCUGUGAGGAUGAAAGUCACCGUUUCAAGCUACCCACCCUUGGGCCAAGUCACUCAGUUAAAAGACAAAACUUUCCGGUUUAUUGCUCGAUUAGAAGUAGAAAAGGAUCUUGCGGAUGAUCUUUGGGAGGUCGCUAUCUGGCGCUCUUCUAGUAAUUCGGAUUGGAUCGAGGACUUAUUAGCUCCUACAUCUGAUAAUCCUGACACCGAUGUUGCUUUUCCAUCAUGCCUCCAAGCUUCUAACCCUUCGGAUGCCACCUUAUACUUCCAUGCAACGUUUUCUGUUUCGUCGCCAAUAAAUUUUACGCUCAAGUUCCGCAAUGCCCCUAGCCAACCUUGGACGUGGGCUCGUGAUAUAUCGGGUACAUCCGAUGGGAUUGUCUUGGUCAACACUCUCUCCAAAAUCGAUGAUGAACCCUUGUCGAACAUCAUCCAUGAACUGAACCCAGACCUAAAAGUUAAAAAUGCUUCAAGUCAAACACCUGGUACUCAACUUUGGACUAUUAACGCCGAUGUCGGUCCGGCCGAAGACGACCGUUCUGCCUACGCCAAUAUCGAGCUUGGGAGUCCAUGGGGUGGUGCUCUACGGUAUUUUGCCCUAGUUCGUCACGGAUCUCCGUGGUUGGGGCCUAGACAUGGUAGCAGCCCAUUCAGCUUAGAUAAAGACGCUGUGAUGUGUUCGUUUCUAAGCAACGAUGGUAGAAAUCUAGUUCUAUUAGGAGUCAGUGGGGUAGCCGGCAUAACCACACUCCUUUGUAGCUCAGAUUCAGGGUCAGUGAAAUUGCAUAUACGUAAUGAUGAUGUUGCCGAAUCAUCUGGGCUAGUUCUUGCCGCAGUUGGUGAUAGUUUUGAGUAUGCAAUGGCGGCUGUGAUGUAUCACGCCCGAACCGUUGUCCUUGCUGCGGGGGACAACCGAGAUGAGUUCACCCAACAGCUUAAAAGCCUCAGUGGCGAUAUCAAACCAGAAUGGUAUGAGAAUUGGUAUGAUGGAUUAGGAUAUUGCACCUGGAAUGCUCUAGGUCAACAGUUGACCGAUGAGAAAAUACUACACGCCGUUGAGGAGUUAGCGAAAGAUCAUAUCAAUAUCAGUAGUCUCAUUAUAGAUGACAACUGGCAAGAUAUCGAUUACGAAGGCGAAGACCAAUAUCAACGUGGCUGGAAAAGCUUUGAGGCAGAACCCAAUGCGUUCCCUCAUGGACUUGGAGAUACGGUGUCUCGUAUUCGCUCAAAGCACCCAAGUAUUCAGCACGUGGCCGUUUGGCAUGCCCUCCUAGGGUAUUGGGGAGGGAUAUCGAGCGGUGGUGAUCUCGCAAAGACUUAUAAAACAGUACAGAUUGGUCGAGAUGAUUCCAACCUCGAAGGACCCAUGACGGUCAUUGCCAAAGAAGACGUUGGCCAAUUCUACGAUGACUUUUAUAAGUUCUUGUCUAGUUGUGGAAUUGACGCCGUCAAGACAGACGUCCAAUACAUGAUGGAUACUUGGGUUUCCGCCAAAGGCCGCCGAGAGCUUACGGAGACGUAUCUCGAUAGCUGGAUGAUCUCGGCCUUGAGACAUUUCAGUAUCAAGGCUAUUUCAUGCAUGUCUCAAGCACCUCAACUCUUAUUCCACCAGCAAUUACCGCGCAAUCGACCGCCCAUGGUCGUGCGAAACUCCGACGACUUCUACCCCGAUGUUCCAGAUUCCCAUCCAUGGCAUCUCUUCGCAAAUGCUCACAACGCCCUACUCACACAACAUCUCAACGUGUUGCCAGAUUGGGAUAUGUUUCAGACCGACCACGAGUUCGCGGGUUUCCAUGCCGCCGCACGAUGUCUUAGCGGGGGUCCCAUUUACAUCACCGAUAUCCCGGGAAAGCACAACAAAGACCUUAUCGACCAAAUGACGGGAACAACCCUUCGAGGAAAAACCGUCAUCUUCAGGCCCAGCGUUGUUGGAAAGAGCAUCGAUCCUUACACGAGCUACGAUGAGCACGCUCUCCUCAAAGUUGGGAGUUACCACGGCAGAGCCGGAACGGGAACGCCGAUUUUAGGUGUUUUCAAUAUCUCCAAACAACCUAUAACAGAGCUAAUCGCGCUCGCAAAUCUCCCAGGCGUGCUUCCGUCGGUUGAAUACGUUGUGCGCUCCCAUCGUAGCGGCCUUGUCACACCUACUAUCAAACCCAGGAUUGACGCAGCCAAUCUAGAAGUAUCGUUAGAUGUUCAUGGUUACGAUAUACUCACAGCCUUUCCAGUGACACAAUUCACGAGUGAAACAAAUGAUACCAUACACGUCGCCAAUUUGGGUCUCAUCGGUAAAAUGACAGGAGCCGCUGCGAUUGUCACAGAUCAGUCCGAGUUGCUCCAUACAGGUAGAGUGUUCUUGGAUACGCGGCUUAAGGCUCUAGGAGUUCUCGGAAUAUACAUCUCGAGUCUACCCGAUAUGUCGAUUGAGCGAGACUUCAUGGUUACCGUUUUAGGCCAACCGAUCCCGCCUCAUACAGUUGCCGUAAAUGAGGCCGAUAACCACGUGUUGAGUAUCGAUGUUGAAACGGCAUGGAGGGAAUUGAAUAUCAACCCCGGAUGGAGCAAUGAACUUGAAGUCAAAGUCUACUUCGAUAUCGAAUAUCCCUAAUUGUGACUUGUAGACUUAGGCAUUUUAUUGGGUAAAGGUUGGAUUGGACGGUAUGGCAUGAUUAUGACGAGAAUGAUAUAAACGACACGGAUACGGCU